AUGUGCCUGAGGGCCAUGUCCAGGGACUUCCUGGAGAUUGUCCUCCCGAAUCCCGUGCUCUCCGUGGGUGCCGCCGCAGGCGCCGCCGCUGCCUCCUUGGUGGCGGUGGCCUUCGGCGCGGCGGUGUCCCGCGUUGACCCCUGCCCAUUGCUCUGCAGUCGUGACCUCGACGGGGACUGGCGCCGGCUCGCGCUCGCCGCCGCCGCUGUUUCAGGGACCGGACUCGCCCGAACGGUCAGCGGGAGGCCCGGGCGCGACCUGCCGGCGGAGACCGGCCUCUCCGGCACCUUCGUCCGCAGGUUUGGAGUCACGACGAGGGGGAAGCCGAGGGGCACCGCGGGCUGGGGCGGCGGCCUGGCGGAUGAUGCAGGCGAGCUCGGCCGAGCGGCAGCGGCGCCGCCGCUGCUCCGGCCGACGGACGGCGAGCGCGCGGCAGCUGGAGCAGGAGCUGGAGACUGCGCGCGUGCGCGCCGAGUAGGAGUCGAGGGCCUGCAACUCGAUCGGGCGGCAAGGGAGCUCGGGCUCGAAAGCUGCUGGGGCCGCGCCGUCGGAGUCGAGGGCCUGGAGGAGGAGGAGGAGGAGGAGUAUGCCGGCCGGGGCUUGUCGCCAGGAGGAGGGCCGGUGGCUGGUCUGGUCUUGGAGGGGGUAGAGGAGCGGGAGGCUAUGGGGUGGGAGGUCUGCCUGGAGGCAGACGAUGAGGUGGGGCGGCUGCCAGGGGUUGAUGGUCUGGAGGAGGUGACGGAGGCCAUACUCGUGUUGAGGGCCGAUGCUCUGCCGGAGCCGUUGGAGGAGUGGGCGGCAAAGAUGGAGGCGCGUGCCACUGAGCUGCUCCUGGCCGCCGCCCUCGCUGGAGUCUUGCUCUCCGAAUCGGGCGCCGGGACCUGCAACAGAGGUGUGGAGACUGAGAUUCCAUCCGUUCGAGAGAAAUGGAUAGACAAAAUUGCAGAGCAUUGA